CAUUGUUAUGCAUGAGUGAACGUGGCAAGAGCCAAGAGCAAUGAAGGAAAUAGGAUAAGGAUUUUUCGUGAUAAGAGAAAACGCAGAAAAAAUAAGAGGGAAAUGAAGUGAAACAAACCAAUCUCCCCAAAUCAAUGGCGCCAACAUCAUUACCUCUCAAUUUGAAUUUCAAGGUCACCGCCACCGACGCCACCAACCUCCCCGAGCUACCGGAGAAGCUCCGCAACUCAAGAGUUUUGGUACUCGGCGGAACAGGUCGUGUUGGAGGAUCAACCGCAACCGCUCUCUCCAACCUCUGCCCUGACCUUCGGAUCCUCGUCGCCGGCCGAAACAGGGAGAAAGGUGAAGCUCUCGUUGCGAAACUCGGUGGCAAUUCUGGUUUCGCACGCGUCGACAUUGACGACGCCAAUUCACUGGAAACUGCUUUGAAAGGCGUGGAUCUUGUAGUUCAUGCCGCUGGUCCUUUUCAACAGACAGAAAAAUGUAGUGUGCUUGAAGCUGCCAUUAAUACCAAGACGGCAUAUAUUGAUGUUUGUGAUGACACGGCCUAUUCGCGCCGUGCGAAAUCCUUCAUGAGUAGGGCGCUAGCUGCAAAUGUUCCAGCUAUAACAACUGCAGGAAUAUACCCUGGAGUGAGCAAUGUCAUGGCAGCGGAGCUAGUCCGGUUAGCAGAAAGUGAAAGUGAAAGUGAAAGUGAAAGUGAAGAUAAGCCAGAGAGGCUAAGGUUCUACUACUACACAGCUGGAACUGGCGGGGCUGGUCCAACCAUAUUAGCCACGAGCUUCUUGCUAUUGGGAGAGGAAGUAGUUGCGUAUAACAAAGGAGAAAAGGUCAAACUGAAGCCAUAUAGUGGAAUGCUCAAGAUUGACUUUGGAAAAGGGAUUGGCAAAAAAGAUGUUUAUCUGCUGAAUUUGCCAGAGGUUAGAAGUACUCAUGAGAUUCUAGGAGUGCCAUCUGUAAGUGCCAGAUUUGGAACAGCACCAUUUUUCUGGAAUUGGGGAAUGGAAAUUAUGGCGAAACUUCUUCCUCCGGAAUUUCUGAGAGACAGAAGUAAAGUCCAAAGAAUGGUUGAAUUGUUUGAUCCUGUUGUUCGAGCAGUAGAUGGGUUUGCUGGAGAACGUGUAUCAAUGAGGGUUGAUCUAGAAUUAUCAAGCGGCCGCAAUACAGUUGGUAUUUUCAGCCAUAGAAGACUUUCAGAAUCUGUAGGAAUUUCCACAGCUGCAUUUGCACUUGCAGUUCUUGAAGGAAGCACGCAGCCUGGGGUUUGGUUUCCUGAAGAGCCUCAAGGAAUUCCAGUUGAAGCAAGAGAAGUUCUUCUCAAGCGUGCUAGCCAGGGAACGAUUAACUUUGCAAUGAACAGGUCCCCAUGGAUGAUUGAGACAAAUCCGAAGGAACUUGGAUUAGGAAUAUAUGCAUGAAUUUUCCAUUCUAAGUGUAGUUCAGCAAAAUUAUUCCUAUUGUAGUGCAAGGCCGUAGGUGUAUCUAGCUCUUGAGAAUUGACAUAUCAUUACUUUCUACAUGCUAUAACCUUUCUAUGUGUUCAACAAAUAAUUAUAUCCAUAUCAUUAUUCUCA